AGAGCCUUCCCAGUUUGGUUCUAUUCGCGUGUCAGAGUUUUCCGUUCGCUAUCAUGUCUGGUCGAGGAAAAGGCGGGAAGGGGCUUGGGAAAGGUGGCGCAAAGCGUCACCGCAAAGUUUUGAGAGAUAACAUCCAAGGAAUCACGAAGCCUGCUAUUCGUCGUUUAGCGCGUCGUGGUGGCGUCAAGCGUAUUUCUGGCCUGAUCUAUGAAGAGACGCGAGGUGUACUAAAAGUGUUUCUUGAAAACGUUAUUCGUGACGCCGUGACCUACACCGAGCACGCCAAGCGCAAGACUGUGACCGCUAUGGACGUAGUUUACGCUCUGAAGCGUCAAGGCCGCACGCUGUAUGGUUUUGGCGGUUAAAUUUCACCCGGACCAGAUUUUCAAAAAACAAAGGCUCUUUUAAGAGCCGCCCAAACGUUCAAUUAAAAGAGAAAAUUAAUGUUUAUUAA